AUGUCGUUCCUCGGUGGCGCGGAAUGUUCCACAGCGGGAAACCCUCUCUCACAGUUCACCAAGCAUGUCCAAGAUGACAAGUCCCUACAGCGCGACCGCCUGGUUGGCCGAGGACCAGGUAUGCAAGAAGGCAUGCGAUCUCGCGGUAUGAUGGGCGGACAAGACCAGAUGAAUGAGUUUAUGCAGCAAAAUGAGUUUAUGCAGCAACCCGGACAACAAUUAAAUGGACCCUCGCCUCAACCAUUCGCGAUGGAGCACAUGCGUCGGGAGCUGGAGAACUUCCAGACUGCCUCACCCCGCACGGGGUCACCCGGGUGGGCUGCCGAGUUCGACACCGGCGAGCAGGCCCGCAUGGAGGCUGCAUUCCCUGGUGCACAGAUGAACAACGGAUCUGGAUUCUCGCCAGCGGAAUUUUCUCGGUUUCAGCAACAAAAUCGGAUGGGCAUGCCGCAGAAUUCCAGCCCCGCUACCACUGCUACGCCCAUGAUGUCCGGUUACCAGCGACCGAUGGGUGCCAUGGGUGGUAUGUACGGUAUGGGCGGUAUGGGAAUGAUGCGGCCUAUGGGGGGCAUGGGUGGACCCAUGACACAACAGCCAAUGGAAGGUACUACACAGGAUAAAGGCAAGGGAAGGAUGGUGGAGCUUGACGAUCAGAAUUGGGAAGCACAGUUCGCUGAGAUGGAGACGGCGGGUAAUCAGGAGCAGACGGAUGAGGAGGCCAAUGCGGCUAUGGAGGCAGAGUUGAAUGAGCUGGACAGGUCAGUGCCCACCAAUGAUGCCUUUGAGUCCGUAUGGGAGCGAGUCCAGGCUGAGACGGCGACGAGCAGAAAACUCGCAGAAGAAGACGGUUUCCAGGUUACUGAUAGCGUGCAUGUUGGGGAUCUGGGUGACUGGGAGGGCUUUGAUAGUUUGAACACACGCUUCCGCGAUCCCCAACUCGGUGACUACAUGUUUGAGCAAGACAAUGUGUACCAGGCGGUGAACAAUCCAUUCGAGGAGGGUGUAAAGAUCAUGCAAGAGGGUGGCAACCUGUCUCUGGCUGCACUUGCGUUCGAGGCUGCUGUGCAGAAAGAUCCACAGCACGUGCAGGCCUGGACAAUGCUGGGUUCUGCACAGGCUCAGAAUGAGAAGGAGUUGCCUGCGAUUCGGGCUCUGGAGCAGGCACUCAAGAUCGAUCCCGGUAAUCUAGAUGCAUUGAUGGGGUUGGCUGUUUCAUACACCAACGAAGGCUAUGACUCGACAGCCUACCGAACCCUGGAGCGCUGGCUGUCUAACAAAUACCCGUCGAUCAUCAACCCGAACGAGGUAUCCGGCGAUGCAGACCUCGGCUUCACAGACCGUCAACUCCUGCACGAACGUGUCACAGAGCUUUUCAUCCAAGCAGCUCAACUUUCUCCAUCCGGUGCACAGAUGGAUCCCGACGUCCAAGUCGGUCUGGGUGUACUGUUCUACUGUGCCGAGGAAUACGAAAAGGCCGUGGACUGCUUCUCUGCUGCCCUGGCCUCCACCGAGUCCGGCACCACCAACCAGCGCGAGCAGCUCCACCUCCUCUGGAACCGUCUCGGCGCCACUUUAGCCAACUCCGGCCGCUCCGAGGAGGCCAUCGAAGCCUACGAGCAGGCGCUCACCAUCAACCCCAACUUUGUGCGCGCCCGCUACAACCUCGGUGUCUCCUGCAUUAACAUCGGCUGUUACCCCGAAGCCGCACAGCACCUCCUGGGCGCUCUAUCCAUGCACCGUGUAGUCGAACAAGAGGGCCGCGAACGUGCCCGCGAAAUCAUCGGUGGCGGCGGAGCACCCGAUGGUCUUGACGAUGAGCGUCUCGAGCGCAUGCUGCACAUCAGCCAGAACCAGAGCACCAACUUGUACGACACGCUGCGCCGUGUUUUCAGUCAGAUGGGACGACGGGAUCUGGCUGACCAGGUUGUCGCCGGUAUGGACGUGAAUGUCUUCCGUAAGGAGUUUGAAUUUUAG